GUUUUUAGGCAUAUCGAUCGAUCGAUUGUGUGGUCCGGCAGUGACAGUGAGUGCAUUCGGCAAGUGAUUCUAAAAAUGGCUUUCCUCCUGUUGGGAUUGGUGAUGAGUGUGGUGUUGGCCAACGUUUCCGGCGCUAUCUACGAUCACCAGCCGAAAUCGAAGCUUUGUGCUAACAGUUACAGUGUGUCUUGCUUGAAGAUGGAGAUUGUGUCAUUUUUGGAACGACUUUCGGACCAGAACGAGUACAGUGUUUUGUCCGGAGUGAGUGUUGUCAGGGAUGCGAAUGUGAAUGUCACCAAAACGGCCGAUAUUAUCUCGGAAGUGUCAAGGAUCUUCCCCACCGAUCCCAACAAGCGAUUGGAUGAAUUCCUGAUCAUUAAGCUGAACGACUACCUGAAGAGCCACUCGCUGCGGCUGAAGCUGAUGGAUAAGGAAGCAGUAUCGAAGGCGCGAGAACUGUUCGUGGGGCGUAAGGGUGGCAGCAAGCUGGGCAAGAAGGGCGGAUUGGAGACCAUGAUUGCUGCUGCAAUGAUGAUGAAAGGAACAUUAGGUGCCAUCGCCAUGGGAGGGCUUGCAAUGCUCGCCGGCAAAGCGCUGAUGACCGGGCUCCUGGCGAUGACACUGGCAACCGUUGUUGGUCUCAAAUCCCUAACUUCCGGCGGCGGUCAGAAGUCCACCACCUACGAGAUCGUGGCCAAACCGAUGUACACCCACUCGCACUCGGAAACGGAGGAGGUUAGCCACGGACACGGCGGAGGCGGAGGCUACGGAGGAAGCUGGGGACGUUCGCAACGACUAGAUGUGCCAGCAUAUUCCGGCCGAGGCGAUCUGAAGCUCUGAAGAACAACCGACCGAUAGAUGGCCACCCGGGAUGAUCGGUGGAAGGCGAAAGCUUUCUCGCUCGUUUUGCACCUCUUUUACUAACACCACUUCUUUCGCACUGUUCUCUUCGCUUCGUUCUUUUUCUACUUACGAACGAGAAAGCUUUCGGUGGAAAUCGGCUGGUGGCUUCUGUUGUUCAACGACUUGAAAGCUGCCUGAAAUUCGACCUAUUUUUCCUGCAACGAAAUAAUCGACUUGUAUCGCAAUAUUUGUGAGUUUAUAUUUAAUAAUUUAUUGUUUAGUACGUAAAUGAAACAUGAGUAGAGUUUAAUCGAACGAAAUAAAUUAUUAAACCGUAUCGCUGUCCUAACUGGGCAUGCAACAUGAAAUGGCUAUGAAACUGCCUAAGGCAGAAAAUUUCAAAUAAAGAAGUUAAAGCAAU